AUGAUAAACAUCAUAUACCUGAUUAUAUUGUUACAUAUUUUCAUAUUUGGAUCCUCAAUACAACAAAAAGAAACCCCAACUGUUCGAUGGGGACAGCAUUCCCAUAAAAUUACUUUGAUGGUUUUGAUUGAAUCAAUUUCAAAGCAAGAUGUUAAAUUUACAGAAAAUAAUAUUCACAUAUCUGCUACAAAUAAACACGGAGAAGACGUAGAAUUAAGCUUAGAUUUAUUAAGGCCAAUAAUACCCGAGAAAUGCUCUUAUAUUCAUCUUGAGAGAGGAUUAAAACUGACCAUUCAGAAGAAGAGCCAAGAACCAUGUUGGAAGCGUUUGACAAAAGAAAAAAAACUUAAUUUUUUAAUCAAAGACAAAAGCUUUGGAGAUCCCAAUGACUGUGAAGAUGCAAAACAUACAUGGCUCUUGGACUACAUGUUUUACAAAAGAAAAACAAAUCCUAUCAAACAAGAUGAACCAAAUAAAAAAAAUGAUCCCGUUCAAAAUAUAAUUGACAAUUUGAAAGAUUCACAGUCACAUUUUUCUAUACAUGAGUUUUAA